GUGAGCGAACAUCAGACUGCGGCUGUCUUCCACGUGUGAGAGCACUUCAGUCACAUUGGCAGCUCCACGGCUCCACGAUGAAACGACCAAAGUUAAAGAAAGCAAGUAAGCGGGUCUCAUGUGCCAAACGUUACAAAAUACAGAAGAAGGUUCGGGAGCACAACAGAAAACUUAGAAAAGAAGCAAAGAAGAAAGGAGUGAGCAAAAGGGUGAAGAAGGACCUCGGGGUGCCCAGCAGUGCUCCCUUCAAGGAGGAGGUGUUGAGGGAGGCCGAGCAGAGGAGGCUGAAGAUUGAAGAAGAAAAGGAAAAAAAAAAGCAAGCCAAAAAGGAGGAGCGAGCCCAGAAGAGGAAGGCGGAGAAGGAAGCUGCAAGUAAAGAAAAAGAGCCCAAGGCCAAGAGGAUUCGCACGGAUGACAGUGAAAGUCAUUCAGGGAAACAGGCUGCUCCAAACAGAAACUCUAAAGAGUUCCUUUGCGCUGAGUUAAACAAGGUAAUUGAUGCAUCCGAUGUGGUACUAGAAGUCCUGGAUGCUCGUGAUCCGCUGGGGUGCAGAUGUCCACAGCUGGAGGAGGCUGUGCUGCAGAGGGGAGGCAACAAGAAACUACUUUUGGUUUUAAACAAAAUAGAUCUAGUACCAAAGGAGAAUGUGGAGGGGUGGAUCCAGUGUUUACAACAGGAGUUUCCAGUUGUGGCAUUCAAAGCAUCUACACUGAUCCGAGACAAAACAGUGAAAGCAAAAAAGAGCAGAAUAGAUCCUUCCAAUGCAAUCUUGGACAAAUCCAGAGGAGCUGCCUGCUUUGGAAACAGCUGUCUCACUGAGCUGCUCUCAAGUUAUGCUGAUAAAACCCAGAGUGAAGCGUCGCUCAAAGUGGGUGUAGUUGGCUUUCCUAAUGUAGGGAAGAGCAGCCUUAUCAACAGUAUAAAGGAUGUCAUGGCGUGCAAUGUUGGUAUGAAGAGAGGCAUCACCAAAUUAAUGCAGGAGGUGCACAUCUUGAAGAACGUGAAGCUGAUAGACAGUCCAGGAAUUGUGGCGUCUCCGUCCAACCCCCCUGCUACAAUGGCUCUGAGGAGUCUGCAGGUGGAGGAGGGCGGUGAGAGUGCGCUGGAGGCUGUCAGGACUCUGCUCAAGCAAUGUGACUCGACCCAGAUCAUGCUUCAGUAUACCAUCCCAGACUACAGGAAUUCUCUAGAAUUUUUGACCCUCCUCGCCAAAAAGCGUGGUUUUCUGCAGAAAGGUGGACUUCCUAACACUGAGCAGGCAGCCACCACCUUCCUUGCUGACUGGACAGGAGCCAAACUGAGCUACCACUGUAAAGCAUCACAGAACCAGAGUCUCCCUGCCUACCUGUCUGAAGCUGUGGUGGCUGAGAUGCAGAGUGGCUGGGACCUAGACAAACUCAAAGCAGGAAAUGAGGAAACUCUGACGGGUGUUAAAUUCCCGUGCCAGUCCAGCAGUAUAAGCUUCGUCUCCAAAGGCCCGACCGCGGGUCUGCUGAGUGUCUCCGACAUCUCUGAAGAAAAGCCUGGUGCUGCAGCCACACAGGGAGAAGCAGAGCAGAAUGACGAGAACAAUGAGCCUGAACAAAUUACAGAGGACUCGAAUAAACCAGAGGAACAGGAGCAACCACAGAAAAUGUCAUUAAAAAAAACACCCGGUCAUGUGCGGUUUCAACCGGUCCCCAUUGACAUCAGCCUCUCUACAGUCACAACAGAUGAUGCCUAUGAUUUCAACACUGACUUCAAAUGAGCUCUGCCUUCACACUGAGCUCUGGUGGACAUUCAGACCUGGGUCAUGUGCCCUUCACUCUCUGCCUAAAGCUGGAAAACAACGGGACAAUUUACCACACAAGGAUAAACCAUUUUAUCCUAAACUGCUUUCUUUGUUUUGUUUUUUGGCUUAAAGAGACUUUAGUAGUUCUGUAUAUAUUUAUAUCCACUGACUGCUUCUCCCAGAUGUUGGUAAAAGAUUGCAAGUUCUAAAUGUCCUGCAGUCUUUGUAAUGUCUUGUUAUGCAAGAAUGUUGUAUAUAGACAACUUACUAAUGUAAUAAACUGUCUACAAAAUGGUAA